GAACUGCCAGCCGAAGAGAACUCGAAGGAGAGGGGUGGGGUCCUCAUCUCUCUCGCUCUCUUUCCCCCAGGUCGCGCGGGGGUUUUGUGCGCGGGCUCUGCGAGGGGGAGGCCAUGCUCCGGGAAGCCCUGAGACGGCUCCCGCCAAAGCUGCGCCGAGAGACCGCCUGCUUGUUUUCUCCGGCGCCGUCUGCGCGGCUCUUGGCCUCCGGCUCGAGCCCCGAGACGUGGAAAGAAAAACCAACAUCUAUAGAAGCAAGAUGGAAGGAUGCAGCAAACACUGUAAUUAUUGGAGGCGGCUGUGUUGGUGUGAGUCUUGCCUACCAUCUGGCCAAGGCAGGCAUGAAGGACGUGGUUCUUUUGGAAAAAUCUGAACUUACUGCUGGGUCUACUUGGCAUGCAGCAGGUUUGACAACGUAUUUUCAUCCUGGAAUAAAUCUGAAGAAAAUUCAUCACUACAGCAUCAAGCUUUAUGAGAAGUUAGAAGAAGAGACUGGACAGGCUGUGGGGUUUCAUCAGCCAGGAAGUAUUAGAAUUGCUUCAACCCCAACAAGAGUGGAUGAACUUAAAUACCAAAUGUCUCGUGCUGGUUGGCACCCAACAGAACAAUAUCUUAUUGGGCCAGAGAGAGUGCAAGAAUUAUUCCCUUUAUUAAACAUGGAAAAGGUUUUAGCUGGCUUGUACAAUCCUGGAGAUGGUCAUAUUGAUCCUUAUUUGCUCACUAUGGCCUUGGCAGCAGGCGCCAGGAAAUACGGUGCUCUGUUAAACUAUCCAGUUGAAGUAACUAAUCUAAAAUCUAGAUCUGAUGGAACAUGGGAAGUUGAAACUCCACAUGGGAUAAUUCGAGCAAGCAGGGUUGUGAAUACAGCUGGUUUCUGGGCUCGUGAAAUAGGCAAAAUGAUUGGACUGCACCACCCACUCGUACCAGUUCACCAUCAAUAUGUUGUAACCACAACUAUCCCUGAAGUGAAAGCCCUGAAGAGGGAAGUGCCCGUGCUUCGUGAUUUAGAAGGUUCCUAUUAUCUAAGGCAAGAGAGGGAUGGGUUUUUAUUCGGCCCAUAUGAAAACGAAGAAAAAAUGAAACUACAAGAAUCCUGGGUAGAACAUGGAGUCCCACGAGGUUUUGGAAAGGAGCUUUUUGAGUCUGAUUUGGACCGAAUAAUGGAUCAUAUUGAGGCUGCCAUGGAAAUGGUCCCAGUCCUGAAACAAGCAGAGAUUAUUAACGUGGUUGCAGGUCCCAUAACUUAUUCUCCAGACAUUCUGCCUAUGGUGGGACCACAUCAGAGUGUUCGAAAUUACUGGGUGGCAAUUGGUUUUGGAUAUGGCAUAAUCCAUGCCGGUGGCAUAGGAAAGUAUCUCAGCGACUGGAUACUCAAUGGGGAGCCGCCUUUCGAUCUCAUAGAGUUAGAUCCAAAUAGAUACGGAAAAUGGACAACCACACAGUUCACAGCAGCAAAAGCAAGAGAGUCUUAUGGAUUUAACAAUAUUGUUGGGUAUCCUAAAGAAGAAAGGUUUGCUGGGAGACCUACAGAAAGAGUCAGUGGACUUUAUGAAAACCUUAAGGCGAAAUGUUCCAUGGGUUUCCAUGCAGGAUGGGAGCAACCUCAUUGGUUCUACAAACCUGGUGAUGACAUUGGAUACAAGCCUGGUUUUCGACGCACAAACUGGUUCGAACCUGUGGGUCGUGAAUAUAAGCAGGUGAUGGAAAAAGUGGGUGUGAUUGACCUUACUCCAUUUGGCAAAUUUAGCAUCAGAGGCCGUGAUUCUGUUAGACUUUUGGACCGUCUGUUUGCAAAUGUGGUUCCAAAGGUGGGUUUCACAAAUAUAAGUCAUAUGUUGACUCCAAGAGGUAGAGUUUAUGCUGAGCUUACAGUCUCUCAUGUGAAGGAAGGGGAAUUUUUGUUAGUUACUGGUUCUGGAUCAGAGCUUCAUGAUUUGAGAUGGAUUGAAGAGGAGGCUGUGAGAGGACAAUAUAAGACUGAGAUAACAAACGUUACAGAAGAACUAGGAGUCCUUGGAGUAGCGGGUCCAUAUGCACGGAAAGUCCUCCAGAAAUUAACAACAGAGGACCUCAGUGAUGCUGCAUUUAGUUUUCUACUAUCCAGGAGCUUAAAGAUUUCUGGUAUUCCUGUUACUGCAAUUAGAAUUUCGUACACAGGUGAACUGGGCUGGGAGCUGUACCACAGACGAGAAGAUUCUGCAAGUUUAUACUCUGCCAUCAUGGAAGCAGGCCAAGAAGAAGGAAUUGACAACUUUGGGACAUAUGCACUGAAUGCAAUGAGGCUAGAGAAGGCUUUUCGUGCCUGGGGAGCAGAGAUGAAUUGUGACACCAAUCCUUUGGAAGCUGGGCUGAAAUAUUUUAUAAAGUUGAAUAAGCCAGCAGACUUCAUAGGAAAGCAAGCACUGAAGCAGUUUAUAGAAAAGGGGCUGCAGCGGCAGCUUGUGUAUCUCACCUUGGAAACAGAUAACGUUGAUCCAGAAGGGAAUGAAAGUGUCUGGUAUAAUAAGAAGGUUAUUGGCAAUACUACAUCUGGAAGUUACAGCUACAGUAUUCAUCAGAGUCUGGCUUUUGCAUAUGUCCCCAUGGAACUCAGCAGAGUUGGACAGAAACUAGAAGUUGAACUACUUGGAAAAAAUUACCCCGCCAUUGUGGUGCAAGAACCACUGGUGAUGACAGAACCAACAAGAGCUCGUCUUCAGAAGAAGGGCGGGAGUGCAAAAGGCUAAACAAGGCAGACAUGUCAUUCUUCAGUAGGGUGUAUAUGAUUUACCUAUAAAAUACGGUAUCAUUCACAGUUGUUUCCUGUACGGAGAUAUGCAAAGGAUUUCCAGUAACAUCAUCAGAGCUCUUGGAUGAAACUUGAAUGAAUGAACUAGUUUAUGUUUAUGACUAGUCCCCUUCUCUUGCUGUCUUCUGUCAGUGGGUGAAGACUCUUUGUUUCAUCUACCAUUCCCUCAAUAAUCCCUCCUGCCUUACGUUUUAAUUUCUGUCUCUGCAACUUAGAUUUUGUUUUAAUUCAUUUUAUGAUGUGUUUUUUUUAUAUAAUGAUUUGUUUUGUUAGCUGUCUGAGUGGCCCUAACUGGGCAGAAAGGCUGGAUAUAAAUUUUGUAAAUGAAUACACCAUUUUGUAAAUGAAUACACCAUUUCUCCAUUUCUUACUUCCCACAUAGUGGGCUAGCUUUCUUUCCACCAAUAUUAUUGCUUCUGACAUUUCUAGCUGGAUUGUCAUUGCUGUAGAAGCCAUCAAAUUAAUAAAAUAUUGAUCAAAGCCAUAAUGUUUCCUUUCCAGGAUACCUAUGAACCUUAAAACUAACUUUGAAAAUGAUGCAGCGCUCUUGUGCUCAUUCCACUCAAU